AUGGUCGCUGCCACCUCACUUCCUGCAGCUGGCGUUAAUGACAAGGCAAAGGAAUCACAGAAGAGAACACACAGUGGCGAUCAGGACGUUGCACAGACCGUAGAACCAUCGCGCAAGCAAAGGAAGGAGGAAAAAUCAACAAAGACGGCUGAAAACACGCCAGCGCCGAUAGUGGAUGACCAAGGGGUGACAGCAGCGGAUAGUUUUCCACUUAUUUUAUCCAGCACCCUGGAAAAUCCAUCCACAGACAUGAAAGCAGGGGUUCGGUGUACAAUGGUGAUUACAUGUAGUCCGGGCAAUGGUGCGUUUUUGAUAUCACGAUGGUCCGUCGCCUCACGCAUCUUGUUGCAUGUUAUUUUGGGCCUCCGCGCGAAUGUGCAGCUUCCAGCAAUCCUUCAAUUGUAUCCGACGCGUGCAUAUCUCUUUGUGGCUCACGGUGUCUUUAGCCUGACUGCACUUGACGACCCUGAAGCAGCUGGCUAUCUUAUGAGUCUUAUUCCUAAUGCCUGGUACCUAAUUGAUUCGACUCUCCACAUGCCUGUCCCGACUGAUUUUGCUAUCGCUUCUUGUUUAACGAUUGUUCAGGCUGCUUCAGCGCGACAGAAGUGGCUGAAGUGGCUGGAUAAGACUCCUCCUGGCUUAUACAAUAUCUCCGUUUGCAUGGGGUCGUUCACGCUCGAAGAGGCUAUCAUCGCGUAUGCAUUUUACAUGGUAUAUUGUGACACCUUUUCAGACGUCAAUUUCAGGAUCCCAAAUAGGCGUCCUGGGGAGGAAGAGCUCCGCAAGAAGGCCACUUACCGCAUACCCACACUUCACCUUACGUCUAUGGUUAUCGAACGGUUCAGGAGAACCAGUUAUGUGGAGCGCGUGAAAUACUAUCACGCUUCCGUAGCAUUCAAGCGCUUAGCGGCUGCUGCUGGUUCCCUAUUCGAGGGCAUACUAGUUCACCGUUUAUCUUUGGGCGGAUCAUGGCCCUUGUGGGAAUUAGUGGCUGAAGAUGCGAGGAGAUAUCAACACUGGAAGGCUGGUCCCGCCACGUCGACUCAAUCACUCGUCGCCGCAGGUUACAUGGACGUCAAUACAACUUCACUUCAAUCCUCGAUUCGGAGUGAACGCUUCAUGAGCAUCCCACUGAAAUCAUAUCGCACGUUGGCAGCAGGCGAUCUCGUCGAUGGCUACCUUUAUGUGCCUGACUCUCCAACAGAAGCGAUGUAUGACCUCUUCUAUUAUAGGAAGGGCACUGCGAUUUUAUUCUAA